CGGAGGCGGGCGGGCUGGUUGCUAGGACUUGGCGAAGCGCAGGCUCGCACGCCCGUCUCGCCGUCAGGUGGCUGCAGGCUUGAGCUCGGGGCUGUGUCGGCUGCGGCGGCCAUGUCAGGAAAGGAGAAUAACUUCCCGCCGCUGCCCCACUUCAUCCCCCUGAAGCCCUGCUUCUACCAGAACUUCGCCGAUGAGAUCCCCAUCGAGCACCAGCAGCUGGUGAAACGGAUCUACCAGCUGUGGAUGUUUUACUGCGCCACCCUCGUGGUCAACCUGGUGGCCUGCCUGGCCUGGUGGAUCGCUGGCGGCUCAGGUGCCAACUUCGGCCUGGCCCUCGUGUGGCUGCUGCUCUUCAGCCCCUGUAGCUACGUGUGCUGGUUCCGACCGGCCUACAAGGCCUUCCGGGCCGACAGCUCUUUCAACUUCAUGGCGUUUUUCUUCAUCUUUGGCGCCCAGUUUGUGCUGACUGUCAUCCAGGCCAUUGGCUUCUCAGGAUGGGGCGCGUGUGGCUGGCUGGCAGCUGUGGGGUUCUUCAGCACCAGCGUGGGUGCCGCUGUGGUCAUGCUGUUUCCAGCCAUCCUGUUCACCCUGUCGGCUGCCGCGAUGGCCAUCAUGAUUGUGAAGGUACACAGAAUCUACCGUGGGGCCGGUGGAAGCUUCCAGAAGGCACAGACUGAGUGGAGCACGGGAGUGUGGCGGAAUCCCCCAACCCGGGAGGCCCAGUACAACAACUUCUCAGGGAACAGCUUGCCUGAGUACCCCACCGUUCCCAGCUACCCAGUCAGCGGCAGCCAUUGGCCCUAGUGGAGCCAGGGCCCUGCCACCUGCCGCCUCCCCUCACGGCCGCACCCCUGUCCUGGGUGGCCUGUCUGCCAGCUGGGAUGGCAGGAGAGGGUGGGUGGCAUCCAGAGCCCUCAGCCAGGGUCCUCGACUCCCUGUAUUCAUCUCAUUUAUGACCAGGCUUCCCUGCCAGGGGCCUCUGCCAUCUGGAACGGGGCACCCUCUUGCCCCUGAAGACGUGUGGCUGCUCAGUGGGCAGUUGGCAACCUUGGGCUCUCCUCCCCACUCCUUCGGGGCCAGCAGCUGGCACAGACUGCCCUCCCAGUACUGGCCGCUGAGACAAGCCCUGCCCACUGCCUGCUCGGUCCCUGGGUAGCCAUGGCCUCCUGCAGCCCAGAUGCCCUGUUGCCCGGCUGGAUCCACAGCCAAACUCCCGGGCUCGGUGGGCGGCACGUCCAGUGCCUCAGCCCGUGACCCGUUCUGCCUUCUCCAAGCCACCCCGUCCCUCGGGGGGGUUGGAACUGUGUGGCCAGACACUGCCCCUCCCAGGGCCUGUCGUCGACGGCAGCAGCCCUGGCACUGCCACGAGCACUCCCAAGGGGAGACGGGGCCCAGCAGGAGGCUGCCAUGUGCCAGUGCGGUGGGCCGGCAGAUCUGUGCCUUAUGGAGAGAGCUCAAACACUGCCUUGUUGGGGUGUCCCCCCACCCCAAGCCCCGGGAACAGACAGCCAAAACUGGACAUUUCCUUGGUGACACUCCCAACACCUGCCAGCCAGGUCCUGGUCGGUGGACGACAGGGCCUCCCCACGUGGCAGCCGGCCUUUGGGGAUGUCCCUCUUGCCUUGGGGACCCCCACGUCCUGCGCCCCAUUGAGCGCUGCUGCCGCUACUGCCAAACCUGCCCCAAUUCCCUGUGAUGUCGCUGUGGCUUUUGUUAGUUGAAGCUUCUAGAAAUAAAAGCCUGUG